AUGGCUACCGAUCCGAACUAUCAGACGUCGACAACAACUCCUGAAAUCGAUGAACGUCUUUAUUCACGACAACUUUAUGUGAUUGGAAAAGAAGCAAUGUACGAAUUACGUAAUGCUGAUAUUCUUAUAUCAGGCAUGCGUGGUCUUGGUGUUGAAAUUGCUAAAAAUCUGAUAUUGUGUGGUGUUAAAUCAGUUAUUGUUCAUGAUUGUAACAAUGUUGACUACAAAGAUUUAUCAUCACAAUAUUAUUUUUCUGAAUUUGAUAUUGGUCAAAAUCGCGCUGAAGUUACUAAAGAAAAAUUAUCUGAACUGAAUAAUAAUGUUAAUGUGACAUAUUCUUCAUCCAAUAUUGAUGAAGAUUUUCUUCAAAAGCAUAAAGUGAAUGUAUUUGUUCUUACUGAUGAUGAUAUUGAUAAUCAAGUAAAAAUAGGUGAUUAUUGUCAUGAACAUGGAAUAAAAUUUGUUAAUGCUAAUAUAAAAGGUUUAUUUGGACAAAUAUUUUGUGAUUUUGACCAAAACUUCAAAGUAUUCGAUACAAAUGGUGAAGAUUCAAUAACAGAAGAAAUAGUCGAUUCAAUCAGUCAUGAUGAAAUUGGUGUUGUAUCAAUAGCGACAUAUACAAAACAUGGUUUCGAAGAUGGAUCAUACGUUACUUUUCAUGGUGUGAAAGGAAUGACUGAAAUUAAUGAUCAUGAAUUCAAAAUCACUGUACUAGAUCCAUAUACAUUUAUUAUUGGUGAUACAAGAAAUUUUGGUGUUUAUGAAGGUGAAGGAACAGUUACUGAAGUCAAAAAAGCAGAAACUGUGCAUUUCAUGUCAAUGUCUGCUAAUCUUCAUUUAUCAUUUCAAGGUUUAUCACUUUUUCAAAACCAAUAUAAUGCAUUGCCUCAACCAUGGAAUGAUGAUGAUGCAGAUAAAUUCUAUGAAAUAGUUGAAAAAUUGAAUAGAGAAAAUCGUGAACAAGUAUUAACAGAUCAACUGAAUAAACAUUGGAUAAGACUAUUUGCUAAAACAUGUACUGGUGAUUUAUGUCCAAUUCAAUCUGUUAUUGGUGGUAUUGCUGCUCAAGAAGCAGUCAAAGCAGUGACAGGAAAGUUUAUGCCAAUUCGACAAUUUUUAUAUUUUGAUGCUAUUGAAUGCUUAUCUGAAAAUGUCUUUUAUCUAUCAAAUGAAGGAACAAGUGAAUCAAACACAAGAUCAAAUUUCCCAUCAAAACAAAGUCGAUAUUAUUUUCAAGAAAUUGUUUUUGGUGAAGAUUUACAAGAUAAACUAGGCAAUGCUAAAUACUUUCUGGUUGGUUCAGGUGCAAUUGGUUGUGAAAUAUUGAAAAAUUUUGCUAUGAUGGGCAUUGGAUGCGGAAGAGAUGGUGCAGUAUUUGUAUCCGAUAUGGAUUCAAUCAAGAUAUCGGAUUUACAUCGACAAUUUCUAUUUCAUUAUCGGGAUAUUGGUGUAAAUAGUGGUAUAUUUGGUACAAAAGCAAGUGUUCAAGUUGUUGUACCAUUUCUUACUGAAUCAUAUUCAUCUACCAAUGAUCCACCCGAUCCAAUAGUAGACCUGAGUACUGCAAUACAUUUUCCAAUUUCUAUUAAUCAUAUUAUUCAAUGGGCGAUCUAUACUUUUUCUGAUCUAUUUACAAUUCCUGCUCAACAAGUUGAAGAAUUUGUGCGUGAUCCCAAAGGCUUCGCUGAACGAACAGCUAAAAAGUCCUCCGAAUAUGAAAAAAAUGGAAUUGUUGAAAACGUUAAACGUAUUCUUGUUGAACAUCGUCCAAGAAAUUUCACCGAUUGUAUCAAAUGGUCUCGAAAUCUCUUCGAACAACAAUUUCAUAAUGCAAUUGUUCAGUUACUUCAUAAUUUCCCACGUGAUCGUGUGACAGAUAGAGGUGAACUUUUUUGGAGUGGAUAUAGACGAUGUCCACAUCUAUUGAAAUUUGAUGUUAACAAUAAACUUCAUUUGGAUUUCAUUAUUGCUGCAUCCAAUUUAUUUGCACAUAUGUAUAAUAACCCACAAACAUGUGAUCGUCAAUUUAUUGCACAAGAAGUAACAAAAGUACAAGUGCCUGAAUUUAAACCAAAAAGUAUUUUCACAGCAGAUAAUGAUAGUAACCAAUGGAGAGUGGAUGAUCAGCAACGAAAGAAUGUUCAAGAGGAAAACAAUUCGUCAAUUGAACAACUCCUUAAUCGAUUGCCUAAACUUGAUGAAAUAGUUGACAUUAAGAUUCAACCACAUGAAUUAAAAACAGAUGAUGAUACGAAUUUUCAUAUGGAUUAUACAGUAGCAACAACUCUUUUACGAGCUGAAAACUAUGAAAUACAAAUAACUGAUCGAAGUCAAAUCAAAAGAAUUGCUGAAAAUAUAAUUCCAGCUAUUGUAACAACAACAGCAAUGGUUACAGGUCUUGUUUGUCUUGAAGUUUAUAAAUUAAUUCAAGGUCAUAAGAAGAUUGAAUCAUAUCGAAAUGCAUGCCUUAAUUUGGCUUUGCCAUUCUUUGCAUUUUUUGAACCGAUACCACCAAAAUAUCAAAAGGCAUAG